AGAGAGCAGUAGUGAGUAUUUUUUAAUGUUUUUUUGUUUUUCCCUUUUUGGAUUCUUUUCCUGCUGUUUUGGGGUUAAGCGUUAUGGCACCUAAGAAGAGGACUAUUCAGCCAGAGGUUAGUGCCACUGGAGGAGAAGAGGCUUUUCAGGAGGAUCCAGAGUUGGCUGAUGUGGUUGAGGAUGCCUCCCUACAGGAUCUGUGGGACCUGAUCCGUACCUAUAUGGCGCAGCAGCAGCCCCGAGAGGAUCGCAUGGAGCAGGAAGCAUCCCGACAGUGGAGGACCAUACAGCACCAAUUUAGCCUUCUUCAGCGGGAGGUGCAGGAGAGGACCACCCCGGAUCCUGGCGAGCACCUCCAUCUCCCUCCGAGCCAUGGCCUGGAAGGGUCCUCUGCCCCAAGCCGUCCUAGGGCUGCCUACGUCAGCAUGGACCAGGAAGAUUCCCUGGAUUAUCGGCACUUGAAGGCGGCCAUAUUGGGAAAAUAUGAGAUCAACCAGGAGGCCUACCGGCAGCAGUUCCGAUCAGCCCAGGUGGGUGAAGAUGAGACCCCCAAGGAGCUGUAUGUGCGUCGACGGGACCUCUACUACAAAUGGGUACAGCCAGAGCACCACACCAAAGAGGAGAUUGGGGAAGUAGUAAUUCUGGAGCAGUUCCUCCGUCUCCUGUCGCCAGAGCUCCAGGUGUGGCUACGGGAACGCAACGCUGCCUCUGCUGCCGAUGCUGCUGUAUUGGCAGAUGUUUUUGUGUCGGCUCGAUCCAAUGGCCGGCCCUGGACGUAUGCCAAAUGGAAAGGGAGCAGAGAGUCCAACAGACCCCACCAUCGACCACAUUCUGGGGAAGAAUGACACCGCUUCCUCUCCUACCUGCUGGCGUGAGACCAGAGGGGGGGGGGGGGGGUAUAUGUGACGGUCCAGCUACGACCGCACAGGUCUGGUGCCCUGUCGGCACUCGUCUACUGAUCAGCUGUUUACAUACAUACACUUACACACAAUGCACGCACUCCUGAGCCAUUGCUAGUUGGCUAGUUAUUUCACGUUAUACUGUAUAAAAAUGACACAAGACGGAGCUACCGAUUGGGUGCGUGACGUCCUCUCGUUUCGGCAUAUGAAGGUCCGGUGACAAAGGAGAGCUGACAAGAUGCUAAGACUUUUUAUUGGUUCCGGGCGGGAUUGGACUGUUCCAUGAGGCGUAAUUAUUGUAGGGGAUUUCGAGACUAUCCUAAUGAAGCCGCCUCUAGGUUCAGCCUGUUCGCAUAUAACCAAGCUCUUUAUUUGAUAAUGUAUUUGAUUGUAUUUGCUAGAGGCAUAAUGUAAUAUGUUUGUGCUUGUGGCUCAGAGUCUGUUUUGUCUAUUGUGCGUUAAUUGAUUGUUUAGUGUUUACCUGUGUAUGUUGAAUGGUGCUGGCUGCCAUGUAUAUGUUCCCCCUUGUCUAGUCUGAUGUUAGUCUGGUCUGGCCUAGGUAAUGGGAGUAUAUGGCUCUGUAUUUUGAUUAGAGGCCAAAGUAGAUGAUUCACACUGGUUUUUGGAAUUCUUGCAAGAAAACUAUUGUGAACUUUUUCCUUUUUCAUAUUUAUUCCAUGGACUCUUUUGCUUGCUUCAAGGCAAGCCUAACAAUAAAUGAUGUCCAUCCUCAA